CUGUAUUUGUUAAUGAUGGCUGAGGCUUUUUUGGGUUAUAUUCUGCCGUGGCAUCAGAUGUCUUAUUGGGCUGCUACUGUGCUUACUUCUAUUUUGAAUAGUAUUCCGCUGGUGGGUGGUUAUUUAUAUAAGUUUGUGGUUGGUGGUUUUUCUGUGACUAACGUUACUUUAGUUCGUGUUUUUUCUGCUCAUGUGUGUUUGGCUUUCGUAAUAUUAGGAUUGAGUGUUGUACAUUUAUUUUAUUUGCAUAAGAGUGGCUCUAAAAACCCUCUUUUUGUUUCUGGAGGAUAUGGGGAUGUGGUUCUUUUUCACUCCUUUUUUACUAAUAAGGAUGGUUUUGUUCUUAUGGUUUUGUUGUUUUUGGUUUGUGGGUUUUUGUUGUGUUGUCCUGAUUUGGUUUUGGAUGUUGAGAGAUAUAUACAGGCGGAUCCUCUUGUUACUCCAGUGUCUAUAAAGCCGGACUAUAGUUUAGGUCGUCAGCUUAUUUUUUGGUUUGGUGUUUCUAAUUUUAUUCUUUUAAGUUAUCUGGGUGCUUGUCAUCCGGAGGUUCCUUUUAUUAGAAUUAUAUUAUUCUUGUAUGUUGGGUCCUUAAUUGUGUUAUUUGGAUUUUUUAUGUCUUUAACACGGUUGUUGAAAUGUUUGAUUGUGGUUGAAAAAUUUAAAGUAUUAUUGCUUCUUUUUUGUCUUUUAAGUCAGUGA